AUGCAACUUUCCAUUCUAUUACCUCUAAUAUCUUUAAUAGCCCCAGCUUUGGCUCAAACGGUCUCUGUUUCCUGUGAGACUGUUCCAACUGGAGCAACUGUUGAAACGACACCGUACUCCAGCUCUACAACCAAUAUUGUUCAAAAUGGUGUCACAAAGAUUGGUGUUUUUGAAUAUUAUAAAUCAGUCACAUAUGUCAGUAAUUGUGACCCUAACACCAGUUCAAAAGGUGCUCUAAUUGUUACGCAGACUAUCUUCUAA